GAAUCAAUCGAUAUCGUUUGGUGGUCUAAUGUUGUAUGCCUGCCGCUGAUCACAAUGGUUGGGCUUACAUGUAAUUUACUUAAUAUCGCAAUAUUAACCAGCAAUAAAGGUGCAAAGCGAAUACCAAGCUGGACACUCUUGCUAGCUCUUGCCAUAUGUGAUUGUUUAUUCUUGGUGUUUGCUAUAAGUGACACCUUUAACAAUCCCUGCUUUGGCAUUUUCACCACUUUUCAAUUUGAUUUAUUCACAUAUUUCACUAUAUAUCAGGGUUUUGGCUUCAACCUUCUACAAGAGCAGUGUACUGUGAGUGAUUUCCUCGAAUUUGCAAAAUUUACUCACUCACAAUCGUUAUAUUAUAGAAUCGUUGUUGCCUUUAAUGUUGAACGAUACAUCUGCGUCGUCCAUCCCUUCAGUUGCCAUCGAAUUUGUACUGGGCGAACAUCACGAUUCGCUAUUAGCGCAUGCUUUGUCAUCUCCUUUCUUUGCUCUCUUCAAUGGCCAAUUUGUUAUGAAGUUCGAUACUGUUAUGAUCAUAUUGCACAGGAAUUUCUUUAUGUGAUCCUGUUAUCAGAAAAUGACACCUUAAAGUUCUAUUAUCGAUUGAUGGACUAUAUAUCGUUGAUCGCUUUUAAUAUCUUGCCUGUCAUCUCAUUACUGGUAAUGAACUGUAUGAUUAUUGCUACUUUGCGAAGAGUUGUAGCCGAAGAUGCUAAGAAGGAAGAGGAGUCGACGCGACUCGCGGACGGAACCCUUGUACCGGAGUCAUCAUCACAUCGUUUGAAUCCUAACGCUUUGCUAUUCGCAGUGGUAUUUAUGCUACUUAUCUGUGUUGGACCCCAGGCACCGGCACGGCUCCUUUUUGAUGUGUUUGGACAAUAUCAUCCAAAAGCUAUUGUAUACACUUGUGUUUCUCAACAGCUCGUCUUCCUGAAUGCAGCGCUGAAUUUUGCGCUCUACUGUCUCGUUUCAAAGCGUUACCGUAUCCUUAUGCGACAAACGAUUAAACGUCUUCUGCGGUCCUUCAAGGCUGUUGAUCGCCCAUUGAAGAUGAGCGCACGUCAGAGCAAGAGUUCGACAGCGCCGGCGACGUCGAUGGAAGAAAAUCACAGUCGAAAUUUGAUGCUUGUACAUGCUGUAUAG